AUGGAAUAUCUCGUGCCAUCAUUUGUUAUACUAGGAGUUGGCGCAGCAACGAUAAUCUUUGCUAUACUUGCGACAACCGCAAAUGGUCUGCUUUUGUUCGUUAUUUAUAAAGAUCCCAGUAGAUGUCUCCGAAGACCAUCAACUGGGUUUAUCACAGCAUUGUCCAUAACAGAUCUUUUAACAGGACUUGUGGCAAUGCCUACAUAUGGUGUAGCAGUCCUGGAAGGAAUGUCGGAUGGGUCCUUUAAGCUUGGGCUUCGCACGGUUGCGGUGUUUUGUGGAGUCAUCACCUACACUAGCGGAGUCCUUCUCGUUGUGGCUCUUGCACUGGAAAGAAUACUUGCCUGUGGAUUUGUCACAUUUCAUCGCAACCACGUUCGAUUCAGAACCACCAUUUUCGUUUCUUGCUUUAUCUGGCUCUAUAGUGUUUUCUUUUCUGUGCUGCAAUUUCUCGGGAUCAAGGAUGACACGUACUACAUUGUAGAUAUCUCCCUGCAUCAUGCAAUACCACUUAUGACAAUGGCACUAGCAUAUGCUGCCCUGCGUUGGCUGAUUAAAAGGCGCUACCGCAUAAUAAUUCCUGGUCAACCAAACACAAACCAAGACCCAGAAACAACACCAAACGACWUCACAACUCGGCCAACACUACAAGUUCAAAGAGAGCGACAACUAACGAUCGUAGUGAUGAUUACUAGUCUGUUGCUAUUUUUUUCCCUUGUUCCGUACCUUGUUGUUGUUUCAUUGACUACAUAUUGUUCUCUUUGUAAUCAGAACUAUCUGUAUGCAGCUUUUAUGGUUUCUGUUUCCAUUUUCUUCCUCAACUCCGUCAUCAACCCUUUCCUAUACGCCUGGCGCCUGCCUCAAUACAAACGAUCGUUCAAGACGGUGUUCACUAACUGCUUUUUGAUUGCAAGGAUUCAUAAGAUAUUUUUCCCGUAG